CAAUGAGCGAACGGGCGGUUUUAACCUCUCGGUGAGCGUUGCGUGAGUUGCAUAAAUACGAGGUGUAUGAUGAGAAUCUAAGCGAUAGGUUACCCGGAGAACGGAGAGAGCCGUCCUUAACGUCGACACCAUCAACGAGACCAGGUUUAUCUUAGUGGAAACAAAAUCGUGAGCGGACCAAGGAUGGGUGUGCCGAGCGGCAGGAACGUCGAGGCGAUGGACGUGGACGUAAAUCCGACGGGUGCGUCGGACGCGCAAAACGGCGACGGUGACGGCGCGGGUGAGCGUAGGGACACCGAUAUGCAGACGUUAUGCGACAUCCGCGAGCACACGCGGCAGAUCGAGAAAGCGGUUCAGAAUAAGGAGCCGCGCUUCGUGCUCCGUGCCCUUCGCACCCUGCCGAACACCCGCCGUCGGCUUAACCCGACCGUGCUGCGCGGUCUCGUCACAGGCUUCUACACCAAGUCCGUUGCCGAGCGUGACGCUUUGCUCGCCUGGGUGGAGGAGCCGAUGGACGUGGACGACAGCCAGGCCGUCACCCAGAAGUUCCGUAGCUCUUCGUCAUCUCUGUUACCCGAGAUCGAUGGCUACAUUCAUCUGCUGGUGCUGAUCCGGCUGAUCGACACCGGGAAGUACAACGAAGCGGUGCAGUGUUCGGAGCUGUUGGUACAGAAGAUCGCCGCACAAAAUCGCAGGACCAUCGACCUGAUCGCGGCCAAAUGCUAUUUCUAUCAUUCUCGCGCCUACGAACUGACGGAUCAGCUCGACAAGAUCCGCGGUUUUCUGCAUCUGCGUCUGCGUACCGCGACUCUCCGCAAUGACUUCGAGGGCCAAGCGGUCUUGAUCAAUUGCCUGCUGCGUAACUAUCUGCACUACAAUCUUUACGAUCAAGCGGACAAGCUGGUGCUCAAAUCGACCUUCCCCGAGUCCGCUAGCAAUAAUGAGUGGGCUCGCUUCCUUUACUACCUCGGCAGGAUAAAGGCUGCCAGAUUGGAAUAUUCGGCUGCACACAAGUAUCUGGUGCAGGCGAUGCGCAAAGCGCCUCAGACUACGGCAGUCGGAUUCAGACAGACGGUUCAGAAGCUGGCGGUCGCCGUGGAGCUUCUUCUCGGCGAUAUUCCGGAGAGGCAGAUUUUCCGGCAGGCUGCUCUACGGAGAGCCUUAGCCCCGUACUUCCAGCUGACGCAGGCGGUACGUCUGGGCAAUCUGCAGCGCUUCGGCGAAGUACUGGAGAACUUUGGGCCACAGUUCCGUGCGGAUCAUACGUUCACCCUGAUCUUACGGCUGCGGCAUAAUGUCAUCAAGACUGCCAUCCGUUCGAUCGGACUCUCUUACUCCCGCAUUUCACCGGCCGACAUAGCUCGUAAAUUAGGACUGGAUUCGAGCGUGGAUGCGGAGUUCAUCGUGGCGAAGGCGAUCCGCGAUGGGGUGAUCGAGGCCACCUUGGAUCCAGAGAACGGCUACAUGCGCAGUAAGGAGACCACAGACAUCUAUUGCACUAAGGAACCGCUGCUGGCCUUCCAUCAGAGGAUCACCUUCUGUCUGGAUCUGCAUAACCAGAGUGUCAAGGCGAUGCGUUAUCCGCCGAAGUCUUAUGGAAAGGAUCUGGAAUCUGCAGAGGAACGUAGGGAGCGAGAACAACAGGAUCUGGAGCUGGCGAAGGAGAUGGCCGAAGAGGAUGACGAUGGCUUCCCUUGAAUCCACAAUACCUGGAGCUCUUAGACGAAAUUAAGAGAAAGCACGGCAUUUCUCUUGAGCCGCUCGAUGAGAUACUAAUGCGUGCUUUUUUUUUUUUUAAUGUUGAAUAGAUUUGUAGACUAAUAUAUCUACAGAAUGAUCAAGGGAUCUAAUAAAGACGGUGUCGUGACGUUUACAGAAUGCGCCCUCGUAUUCGUGAAUGUUAAUAACGAUAAUGACUUGAAAAAAAUAAUAUAAAUUAAGUUAUAUGAUAAGAAUAUGUAACACAGAAAAUGCAACAAUAUUACAGUCGAUUUAAUAAAGCAAUUUCUUGAUA